AUGCAGCUCAUCAUCAACGAAGUCGUCGCCUUCUUUGUCGUCGCCAUGUUCGCCUCCUUCGCCUUUGGCAUCUUCAUGGGUAUUGGCGUCUCCGCCUCGUGCGAGAAGGCCUUUAUGGACAAAAUUCGCCAUCAGCAGCAGGUGCUCUCUGGACCCUCCAACCCUGUGCCUGACAAGCCCGCCAGCGAGCACGGUCGUCAGGAUGACCGCAUCGACAAGAUUUUGGCCCGCUCCGACGCCCUCGAGGCCGCCGUGCGCAGCCUCCUCGCCAACUCGGCUCGCACCAGCGAUGCCGGCGAGUCGCGCUGA